AUGCGGCCGACAGACGCGGAGAUACGGCAGUUCGCGACGAGGAAGAGGCCAGCAUCGGAGGCCGGACCUUCGCGCCCCCCGAAGAAGCCUGCUCCAGCGGUGCCGACCGUCGAAGUGUCAGUGACCGACCAGUCGGAGCCCGUCAUCGCGCUCGCGGCUCCGGCGGCUCGCGCGGAGGAGAGGCCGGUGGAAGAGGCGGCCGAAAGAACAUCGGCGGCAUCACCGGACGCGGCGAAGCCAGAUGUAGUUCGGGAGGCCGAACAUCACCCGGCAGCGUCGGUGGCCACAGCGGGGGGCGCUGGCUCCACCUCGAGCAUCCCCUCGCUGCCGGUCCCGUCGAUCGGGGCAGCUGAUCGGGGGAAAGCCCCGAUGGAGCCCACUGACGAGACAAGGUCGGGGAGCCGAUCUGUGCCACCCAGCGCACAUUACCCCGAAGGCGCAUCGGCGUUGGCCGACCACAACCUGGCGCGGAGGUUGUGCCAAGGGAUUCUUCUUCCGAUCGACGUUGAGUCACUGAGAUCUCGGUAG